CGUACGCGCUUAUUGAAGUCCUCACUCGUUCGGAUUAUGAAAACUGUUUUAAUAUAUCACGUUUAAAUAGUUAUUUUUCGUAAUCCACAAUGUUUUCUAUCGCAACGCAUCGCUAAACACCAAAAAAAGACAAAUAUUCUACAAACGUUUUUCACUCGCUCUCGACAUUUAAUUCCCGCAAAAAAAUAAUCUCGCAAAAUAAUUCCGGUAAUUCGGCGGACACAACCACUGGACACAACAAUGAAAACAAUGACAACAUGGCGAACAAUAAUACAAUAUGCUUUUUGCAAUGUGCUUUUAUUUAAAAAAAUAUGGAGUGUUGUGUACAUUCGGACAAAGGUAGUGAUGCAAACGACAAAGUUGUUCAAGUAAGUACGAAAUCCGGCGAAACUAUUCUAUAUUAUGCCCAAGAAUGGAUGAAAACACAAGACGAAUAUGGACGAUCAUAUGGUGAUAUUGCAUCUAAGCUGCUUAAUGAAAUUUUGGGGGGUGAACAAGUAUUUCCUGCAUCGUGUGGUUACCACAGGAAGUGCUACCAGCUUUUCACAAAUAAGAAAAAUCUAAAAUCCUCAAAGAAGAGAAGUAGUCAGUUUGUCGAUGAAAGUAAUGAAAGUAUUCCCAGAAAGAAGACAAGACUAAGUCAAGAUACCACAAGCCAGAUUGUUAAAGGAACAGUGCCAUUAUUUGGAAAAAAAUGCAUUAUCUGCCAAAAGGAAAAAUACAAAAAAGAUAGUAGAACAGGGGCUUAUAAGCCAGAACCAUUGACCAAGUGCAUGUCCCCAAGUGCAGAAAAUGCUGUCAAAGUUGCUGCUCAGAAGAAACAGGAUGAGAAUGUGCUGCUUAUUGUUGAAGGGGAAGAUUUAAUAGCAAAGGAAGCCCAGUAUCACCAUUCCUGCUUUCGAACGUUCACAUAUAUUCCAGUAGAAUCCAAAAUAUCAACUGGAGAUGCUUAUUUGAAAUUCUGUAGUGAAAUCAUUCAAGAACGUAUUAUUGGUGGUGGUGAAAUAAUAAAGAUCUCGAAAUUGGCAGAAAUUUACAGCAGAUAUUUGCAGCCAGACACAGAUGCAUCUUAUUUUCAAAUUGGAACUUGA